CUGCCUGAUCACUGGCUCCUGCGCCGUGAUCGGUCAGAUUCUGCAGAGAGCGUCGCCAUUGGCUCGUUUGCAGCCGUUGGGAUUUUUGAACCCCGUCUUUGAAGCGUUACCCGCGCGGGCCUGUUUCCGAGGUGGCAGUUUUGGGGCCUCGCUCUGCACUGGAUUGGCUGGAGUUUCUGCCCGCCGGAGUGCUGUUUCGAUGAUUGGAGCGUUUUGCACAUUGUUGUUUUUUUUUUUUAACUCUUCCUCUCUCGUCUCUGCAACCUUGGCCUUGGGAGCCGCGUGGGAGAUUCCCUGGUCUGUGAGACAGAGGGAGAAAGAUGUCUCCCCAGCUGUUUGAAUUCCACCUGCCCUUGUCCCCAGAGGAAUUGUUGAAAAAUGGCGGGGUGAAUCAAUAUGUUGUUCAAGAGGUAAUCUCCAUCAAACAGCUUCCCGCACAACUUAGAGCAUUUCAGGCUGCCUUCCGAGAUCAGGGACCCCUGGCUAUGCUGGAGCAUUUUGAUACCAUCUACAGCAUCUUACAUCACUUCCGAAGUCUAGAUCCUGGCCUCAAGGAAGAUACUCUGGAAUUCCUGAUCAAAGUGGUGUCCCGCCAUUCCCAGGAGCUUCCAGCUAUCCUGGAAGAUGCCACUUUGAGUGUAUCGGAUAGAAGUGCCCAUGUUAAUGCCCUCAAAAUGAAUUGCUAUGCCUUGAUACGCCUCUUGGAAUCCUUUGAGACCAUGGCCAGCCGGACAAAUCUCAUGGACCUGGAUCUUGCAAAGGGUAAGAAAGGCAGGUCCAAGGCAGCUCAUGGCUUUGACUGGGAAGAAGAGAAGCAACCGAUUCUUCAGCUUUUAACACAGUUGCUCCAACUGGACAUUCGUCACCUGUGGAACCACUCAAUAAUUGAGGAGGAAUUUGUCAGUUUGGUGACUGGCUGUUGCUACCGCCUCCUGGAGAACCCCACCAUCGGCCACCAAAAGAACCGGCCCACGCGCGAGGCCAUCAUGCGUCUGCUGGGCGUCGCCCUGACACGCUAUAAUCACAUGCUCAGUGCCACUGUGAAGAUCAUCCAGAUGCUGCAACAUUAUGAACAUCUGGCACCUGUCCUGGUAGCAGCUGUGAGUCUCUGGGCAAAUGAUUUUGGAAUGAAGAGCAUCGUGGGAGAGAUUAUAAGAGAGAUUGGACAGAAGUGUCCCCAGGAACUGAGUCGGGACCCUGCAGGGGCAAAGGGCUUUGCAGCUUUCCUGACAGAGUUAGCAGAGCGUGUCCCUGCUAUCCUGAUGUCCAGCAUGUGUGUUUUGCUAGAUCAUCUGGAUGGAGAGAAUUACACCAUGCGCAAUGCAGUACUGGCAGGCAUGGCGGAGAUGGUGCUGCAGGUUCUGAACGGUGAUCAGCUGGAGGAGUCAGCUCGAAAUACCAGAGACCAGUUCUUGGACACCUUGCAGGCCCAUGGCCAUGACGUCAACUCCUUUGUACGAAGCAAAGUUCUGCAACUUUUCACCCGAAUCGUCCAACAGAAGGCUCUCCCCCUGACACGCUUCCAGGCUGUGGUCGCCUUAGCCGUGGGACGUCUGUCAGACAAAUCAGUGUUGGUCUGCAAGAAUGCCAUCCAACUGCUGGCUGCAUUUCUGGCCAAUAACCCCUUCUCUUGCAAGCUCAGUGAUGCCGACCUCAAGGGUCCUCUGCAGAAGGAAACCCAAAAGUUACAAGAGCUAAGGGCCCAGCGGCAGCGAGCCAUGGCUGCUAUUUCUCCCUCACUAGAGCCUGCAGAAGAGUGGGAGGCCAUGCUGCCUGAGCUGAAGGCCACCCUGCAGCAGUGUCUCCUGCCAUGCCAGGAAGAUCAGGUGACAGAGGAAAUUGCCAGGACAGAAACCCUCGAAGAUGAGGCGCCAAAGGAAAUUGCUGAGACACAGACCCCUGAAGAGGUGGAAAGACACAUCCAGCAGCUGCUGACCAAAGCUCGUUACAAGCAGGCCAUCGCUCUUAGCCAGGAGGCCUCGCGCCACUUCCGGAAGUCUGAGCCCUUCAGUCUCGUGGACCCAGAGCAGUCGGAGGAGACCCAGGUCCUAAGUCUCUUGGAGACCAUCUUCAAAGGCCCGGCAACACCCUCACCAAAGAAGAAUCCCCAGGAGUCUGCUGGGAGCAGGAGCCCAGGACAGAGAGACCGUGAAAAGGCCCCUGUGUCAGAACCUGAGAAACCUGUGGAUGACAAUGAACUGGUGAAGCAGGAGAUGCUGGUGCAGUAUCUACAGGACGCCUACAACUUCUCCCUGAAGAUCACACAGGCCAUGGGCAUCAUCAGUAAGAUGAUGUAUGAGAACACGACCACAGUGGUCCAGGAGGUGAUUGAAUUCUUCGUGACAGUGUCCCAGUUUGGGCUCCCCCAGGCCCUGGUUGGGGUCCGUCGUAUGUUGCCCCUCAUCUGGUCUAAGGAGCCCGGAGUCCGGGAAGCAGUGCUCAACGCUUACCGCCAACUUUACCUCAAUCCCAAAGGGGAUUCCGCCAGAGCCAAGGCCCAGACUUUGAUUCAGAAUCUCUCACUGCUGCUAGUGAACGCCUCCGUUGGGACCUUUCAGUGUCUUGAGGAAAUUCUCUGUGAGUUCAUGCAGAAGGACGAGUUAAAGCCUGCCGUGAUCCACCAACUAUGGGAGCGGGCCACAGAGAAGGUCCCCUGCUCUGCCCUAGAGCGCUGCUGCUCUGUCACGCUCCUCGGGAUGUUGGCACGAGGAAAACCAGAAAUUGUGGGAAGCAACUUAGACACGCUGGUGAACAUCGGGCUGGAGAAGUUCCCGCCUGACUACAGACUGGCACAGCAGGUGUGCCAAGCCAUCACCAGCAUCUCAGACAGGAGAAAGCCUUCUCUGGGCAAGCGCCAACCGCCCUUCCGGCUGCCUCAGGAGCACAGAUUAUUCAAGCAGCUGCAGGAGAUGGUCGUCAAAGGCUUCGUCCUCCCAGACCCUUUCUGGAUCCCGUUCAAAGAGGUGGCAGUGAGCCUCGUGUACCAGCUGGCAGAGGGGCCUGAGGUAAUCUGUGCCCAGAUGCUUCGGGACUGUGCAAAACAGGCGCUGGAGAAGCUGGAGGAGAGGACCCCAGCCCAGGAGGACCCCACCGCUCCUGCAGAGGGGACCCCAAUGCUCCCUACAUUCCUAUUGAUGAACCUGCUGUCCCUGGCCGGGGACGUGGCCCUGCAGCAGCUGGUGCAUUUGGAACAAGCAGUGAGUGGCGAGCUCUGCCGGCGCCGAGUUCUUCAGGAAGAGCAGGAGAAUAAGAGCAAGGAACCAAAGGGGAAGAACACCAGUUCUGACACCAUCCUGGAGGAGGAGAUGGGGCUGGUAGGGGCCACUGCUGACGACACAGAGGCCGAGCUGGUCCGGAACAUCUGCGAGAUGGAGCUGUUAGACGGUAAGCAGCUCCUGGCCGCCUUCAUUCCGCUCAUGCUUAAAGUCUGCAACAACCCAGGCCUGUAUAGCAACCCAGAGCUCUCUGCUGCCACGUCGCUUGCCCUGGGCAAGUUCUGCAUGAUCAGUGCCACUUUCUGUGACUCCCAACUUCGCCUUCUGUUCACCAUGCUGGAAAAGUCCUCCCUCCCCAGUGUCCGGUCCAACCUCAUGAUCGCUGUUGGGGAUCUGGCCAUUCGCUUCCCUAACCUGGUGGACCCCUGGACCCCUCAUCUGUAUGCUCGCCUUCGGGACCCAGCCCCGCAGGUGCGGAAGACGGCGGGGCUGGUGAUGACCCACCUGAUCCUGAAGGACAUGGUGAAGGUCAAGGGGCAGGUGAGCGAGAUGGCUGUGCUUCUUAUCGACCCCGUGCCGCAGAUUGCCGCCUUGGCCAAGAACUUCUUCAACGAGCUGUCGCACAAGGGCAAUGCCAUCUAUAAUCUGCUUCCAGACAUCAUCAGCCGCCUCUCAGACCCGGAGGGCGGUGUGGAGGAGGACCCUUUCCACACCAUCAUGAAGCAGCUGCUCUCCUACAUCACCAAGGACAAGCAGACUGAGAGCCUGGUGGAGAAACUGUGCCAGCGCUUCCGCACAGCCCGGACUGAGCGGCAGUACCGAGACCUGGCCUGCUGCGUGUCACAGCUUCCGAUGACUGAGCGAGGCCUUCGCAAGAUGCUGGACCACUUCGACUGCUUUGGCGAUAAGCUGACAGACGAAAUUAUCUUCAAUGCUUUCUCAUCCAUUGUGGGCAAGCUGCGGCGCAAUGCCAAGGUCGAGGGCAAGGCACUGAUAGAGGAAUUUGAACAGAAGCUUCACGCCUGCCACACCAGAGGGCUGGAGGGAAUGGAAGAACUCAAUAUUGGCCAAGGGGACAGCCAGAAGACACCAGCAGUCAAGAAACAACCAGUUGCCUCCAGGCAGACACGUCAGGCCUUGGCAGCCAUAGACAGCGACUUUGUCAGCCCUGAGCCUUGCCACACCACCCGGCAGCGAGUACCGAGGAAGAAGAAGAAACCCCAGAUCGUCUUCUCGAGUGAUGAGUCCAGUGAGGAAGAACUUUCAGCAGAGAUGAAGGAGGAUGAGACGCCCAAGAACACCACACCCAUCCGCCGAACAUCCAGCCGCAGGCUACAGUCCUAGAGCCCCACUCACCCCGUCCUGUCCCUGCUGCACAGUGUCCAAGGGGCAGCCUCAACGUGUCCCCCUUGUAAAAUAUUUGUUUGUCUGUCUUUGUUUUUUAAAACAUAAACGAUAUCUGUAGGGCAUUUAUCUUAAACUAA